AAUGGCGGCGCCCAUGAAUACACCUUCCUGCAAAAUCGGACCAUCUAUUUUAAACGCAGACCUUUCUGAUCUAGCUUCAGAAUGUCAACGUAUGAUGGACAGCGGAGCAGAUUACUUACACUUGGAUGUGAUGGACGGACAAUUUGUUCCGAACUUAACAUUUGGUCAUCCUGUUGUAAAAUGUCUUCGCCCCAAACUUCCUGGAGUUUUCUUUGAUAUGCACAUGAUGGUACAAAAUCCCGAGCAGUGGAUUGAUGGCAUGCAUGAUGCUGGUGCUGAUCAGUAUACCUUCCAUUAUGAGGCGACAAAUGACCCCAAAAAGUGUAUCAGAAAAAUAAGAGAAGCUGGGAUGAAGGCGGGAAUCGGUAUCAAGCCAGACACUGCGGUGGAUGUGCUAGUUCCUCUUGUUGACUUGGUGGAUAUGGUCCUCAUCAUGACGGUAGAACCAGGUUUUGGUGGACAAAAAUUCAUGCAAAAUAUGAUGCCAAAGGUCCAGUUUUUAAGAGAUCAUUUCAAAGGUGUUGACAUUGAGGUUGAUGGAGGGGUUGGUCCAGAAACGAUUCAGCAUUGUGCAGAGGCUGGUGCAAAUAUGAUUGUAUCUGGAAGUGCUGUAGUGAAGAGCGACAACCCAAGGGAGACAAUGCAACACAUGAGGAAUAUUGUGGAUAACUCUAUACAGAAAUCUCUUCUGGAGAGAUGAUUAAAUCUAUAAUUUUUGAAAUUCUACAUGAACAAAAGAUAAAUCUUUUUUUUAAAUUGAACAUUCCUGACAGAAAUAACAUGUACAGAUCAAAGUAACAUGUGUAAGUACAUUUUAUUAAAGAAGAAAUUAUAUACUUUAAUCUGUUUAUACAUUAUAUUGAUCAAAAUAACAUCUAUUUAUAAAUUAUAUAGGUCAGGAUAGCAUGUGUAGAUAAUUUUGCAGAUUCUUAGAGAAAAAUACACCAAUCCUUGGAAAAAUUAAUGAUCAUUAAGUGAAUGUUAUAUAGAUGGUGCUACAAUGUAUAUAUAACUUGCUAUAAAAUGAAUUCAAGUUAAAAAGCAAAUAGUUUUAAGAACAUUUUGACAACAGUGUUCUGUCAUUGGUCACCUGUUGGUGUUAUAAACACUGGUGAUUAAUGCCACAUUUAUAAGUGUUUGAAGGGAAUCCUGUAUGUUUUGUAUCGUUAUACAUUCAAAUGAAAUAGUAUAGUUUAUAUUUAGUUCAGAUCAAUGUCCAUGGUACAUGUAGUUCAUUUACAGAAUAGGAGUAUUCAGAGAUAUAUUUUUUAUUGUGGUUCCGGAAGGUUGAUUUGUGUAAGCAGUAGCAGAAUUUAUGCAGUCAGAUAUAAUCCUCAAUCCAAAAUUUGCAGGUCACUUAAAGACCUUGAUCCUAUUUUGGAAGGUUUAAUUUUAGAAUCUCAUUGUUGCCCUUAGCAUGUUUCCUUUUAAUUUUCAACCUCCAAAAAUUUAACCAUUAGAAAUAAGGAAGGAGGGUAUUUUGUGGUACAAUGUAUUAUGGUAUUUACCGUAUGUAGGGAAUGCUCUUUAGAAUCUCACUGCGGUUCUAAUGUGAAUGUGUCCAUUUAAGAUUAAGCUAGGCUGGUCAUGUGAUUUUUUGUAUGACUUUCAUAUCUCAUUCAGUCUUUUGAAAAGAUUUGAUUAUCCCCCCUUGUUUAAACUGUACCCUUUGUUUUAUUAUGUCCCCUUGAUUAAAAUGUUCCCUUUUGUUUGAUUAUCUCCUCUUGAUUAAAAUUUACCCUUUUGUUUGAUUAUCUCCCCUUGUUUAAUAUGUACCCCUUUGUUUUGCCUCUUGUGUUAAGUUUGACUGCAGAUUGAGAUAAUGGAUAAUAUUCUCAUUUUGACUCCAUGAAUUUUUAUGACAUUUUACAUGUUUUAUCAUUAGAAAUCCAUGUGUUGCUUUUAAAUCAGGCAAAAGGUCAGGCAGAUCUAAAUUGAAAAUAAACCAUUAAAUAAAUAUUAGUUUCUACAAUAUUUUACCAUUUUAACUCAAUGACAGUAGUUAAUUUUUCUUUGCUUUGUCCCAAAACAAGCCCAAUCUCUCUACUUCAAAACACAAAUCUCCCUGUAUUUUGUUCCAAAGUCAUCAAAUGUAAGUUUUGAUCUACUGUAUUCAAACUAGUUCAUGUUAGUGCCUCAAUGCCUUUUUUGGUCAGGGCAAUACAUUGAUUUUUCUGUCAAAUAUUUCUUAUUAAUGAAUCAAAUACUCAUUGUGAAUGGACAAGUACAUUGUCCUCCUGUAAGUAUGCUAUUGUUUUAUUAUGAAUUUUAAACUAUUUAUGUUUCAUGAAUGAUAUACAUGCAAACUCUAUACAUUUUUGUACUUAUAUGUUUAAAUCAAUGCCAGUUGUUAAUACAUAUAGAGGGUAUGACAUCAAUAUAUAUGUACACUCAAAGGGUAUUCAAAGUGGCCAACAGACAUACGGUAUGACCUAUUAAGUCUAAAAUAUCUUUAUCAUCUCUGCUUCCUUUAACUUCACAUCUUAAAAGUUUAUCACACAAAAAAGAAUUCCGAGUUAUGACGCUGUGCUGUUUUUUACUGUGUGGUAAGAUAAAUAAAUCCAACACUUGUGAUGUACAAUAUAACAUAAGUUUAAAGUUUAAUGUUUGUUGAAUUUCCACAAAUACAAACUGUUCCUUCAGAAGAGAGAGAGAGACAUGUUGAGACAAAGUGUAUCAUAUUUGUUAUGCAAAAUAUGAGUUUGCCUCAAAUAAUUAAAAACAAUAAAAACCAUAAAAGACAUAAAAUUUUACCAUAGAAAAAUGUUUGAAUUAAAUAUCUAAAUAGGGGUAUGCAGCUAUAGUGACAUACAAACAGUUUGACAUGUCACUAGUGACAUAAAAAGGUUAACAUAAAUAACAUGUGUUAUAGUCUAUUUACAUACAGACAACAUUGUACACUGGUUAACAAUGUGUAGAGGUGGUCAUUCCUGAGAUGAAAUAUAACUGUCAUUUCAAUUCUUUUUAAAUAUGUCAUGUGUUUUACAGAACAGAUAGUAGGCAUUAUUGAGACAUGUAUCUGGUAUUACAGUGUCCAUUGGCCAAAUGUUGUUUUUGUUAUGUUUGCCGAGUGGUAAAAUAUAAAAACUUCAUGUUAUAAAAUCUGAUACAAUUGUGAACAAAAACAUUUACUGAGUCUGGAAUUUGCCAUCACACCACCUGUUGGAUUAAAACUUGGAUAUUAGAAAGUAGGAGGGGCUUGGAUAGUGGGAGGGAUAAAUAGACAUGAUAAAAUACCCCAUGUCCAUUUUCGUGUGUAAUGUCACUGUAGUAUAGUUAAUCAUAUGUUGUACAUAGGUACUUCCCAUAUAAUAAGUGUAACCAUAUUUAACCAUAAUAUAACCAGGGGACAUGUCCACACCUGGUAAGACCUGAUUGAUUAAUUGAUUGAUUGGACUUUGUUGUUUCAGUUAUAACAGAGCCUAUGAUAUGAUCACUUUCAUCGUUAAUAUUUAAUAGCCUGGUUUAUUCUUUUUCUUGAAUUAGACACCCUGAUUGAUUUCCCAAUGACCAUUGUGCGUAGGGGAACUUGUCAUGUGUGAAGUACUUGAUUAGUGGCACUUCCAGUGUAUAACACAGAAAGAUGCAGCCAGGAAUAGACAGUGUAUUCCGAUUGUUUAGCUGUAGCCUAUGAUUUUGUUAUAAGAGGUAUAAGAGCAAAUAUCUUCUUGACUUGCCCAGGAAUAGACAAUAUACUCAGAUUUUUUAACUGUAGACUAUUUUAGAGCAAAUAUCUUCUUGACUUGCCCAGGAAUAGACAAUAUACUCAGAUAUUUUAACUGUAGCCUAUUUUAGAGCAAAUUUCUUCUUGACUUGCCAUACUAUUACAAAUGAGGGAGUGAGUGGGGGACUGCUCCUACCGACAAGAUCUCAUUGUAUAUGUUACAUGUAGUAAACGUUUUGUCAUUCUUUAUCAUUGCAUUCUAUACAAACUCAUGUCUAUAUAUAUAUGUAAUAGAAAAACAGCCUACUCUCAAUUUAACAUUUCAUGGAACAUUGUUUUAUGAUCACUUGAAGAAUAUUCAAAGGAAUAUGAACAAAUAUACAUCAUUUUACUAUGUGCUACAUUGUGACUUAUUGUAGGAAAUCAAAAAAAUAAUAAUUGCAUUUGUAAAACCUUGCACAACAUCUUAACUAAUAAUGUAAGAGGAAACUGCAGUAGGAAAUAGUUAUGAUGUAGUUAUUUAUUAAACAGUUCCAUUUUGAUAAGCGUUUCUGGAGUGUGUAUUUGUCCGUUUUUAUGAAGGACACGUAAAGGUAUAGUGCUGUUCAUUCAUAAAGCCAAAUAUUGUAACGGUU